GGUCGGUGACAUGCUGUGCUGCCCUGUCACGUUCACCGUUCUGAGGCCGGUAUAUAAGAUGCCACGCUUAACCGUUAAAUCCAUCACUUCACUGCCGCCUCUUUAUCCCGGGACAAUAAGGCACUACAUGGAUUUCACCACAUUGUUAUCAAUUUCUUACUGGAAGCUGAAAUCAUGUCUGAAAAGACGGUUGUGACCCAGCCCGGCAGGCCCUACAUCAUGAACAGUAGAUCCGGCCAGUGGACCUCUGACAUCUGUGACUGCUUGGACGACCUGCCUCAAUGUUGUCUGGCCUUUUGGUGUUUACCCUGCUUCGAAUGUAAGACAGCACAUGAGGCCGGGGAGUGUGUAUGUCUACCUCUGCUGGAUGGUUUUGGAUUGAUCCCUCCUAUAGGCACCUCCCUCAGAGUGUCAAUACGUCAACGAUAUGUCAUUGAGGGUACCAUCUGCAAUGACUGCGUGUACGCCUGCUGCUGCGGGCCCUGCAGCUGGUGUCAAAUUGCACAAGAGAUCAAAACUCUAACAUGCUAACAUGCUAAACUGAAAAGGAAAACAUGGAAAACAUUAGCUGGUUAAAGUCAGCCUUGUGACAGCAUUGGCACUGAGCAUGUUGAUGUUAGCAUUUAGUUCAAAGUUCACUUAUAUUGUAGUUAUAUUGUAGAAUAUAUUGUAAUUUGCAGUUUAAGUUUUCAUAGUUAUAGCUACUGUAAAUGCAUUCAUAAUUCUUUAUUACACAUGCUUCGUAUUUGAAUUAUGUCAAAGUUUUGCAUGAUAUGUGAGUUUUCUUGAAGCGUGCAAUACAACUCUGUUUAAAGUUCA